AUGUGGCUUCUCAGCACCGACCGCGCAGAACUCCACUACUUCGUCUCCCCUGAAGUGGUGCCCGGAGGCUACGCCAUCCUCUCCCAUGUCUGGACCGACGACGAGACCCAGUUCCACGACCUCCGUGCCAUCGAAACGCGCUGCGAAGACACCGGAGAAAACCCGCGCGACCUCGUCUCCUCCAAAAUUCGCGAAUUCUGCAUUCUUGCCGCGGACCACGGCUAUGCCUACGCAUGGGCGGACACUUGCUGCAUCGACAAGUCGAGUUCCGCCGAACUCUCCGAGGCCAUCAAUUCCAUGUUUCGCUACUACUCCCUCGCCGGUGUCUGCUAUGCCUACCUCUCCGACGUCGAGGACACGGAUGUAAAGAGUGAUCAGCGCGCAUUCCGCAACAGCCGCUGGCACACUCGCGGAUGGACGCUCCAGGAACUCCUUGCACCACUUCUCCUUCUCUUCCUUUCGCGAGAUUGGGAGAUACUAGGGACCAAGUCCGAGCUAGCCGAGGCACUGGAGCGCGCGACGGGGAUACCAGUGAGCAUCCUACGGUUUGAGGAGGAGAUACGGGACGUCAGCGUCGCACAGCGGAUGUCUUGGGCAAGUGAAAGGGUCACGACGCGGAUCGAAGACGAAGUGUACUGUCUGAUGGGGAUCUUCGAUGUCAACAUGCCGAUGCUCUACGGCGAGGGCCGGAAGGCGUUCCAGAGGCUGCAGGAGGAGAUCAUGCGGACCUCGACAGACACUUCUAUGUUCGCUUGGGGCCUUUUGGACAUCAUGGGCUUUCGUGAGUCACCCUUCGACAAUUUUCCGAGCUCGUUCUGA